CAGUUAAACCUCACUUUCAUCAUCUCUAGGGUUUAAGUUCAGACAUUUCAGUGCUUCACCUUAAACCUCACCGCCAUGGCACUCUAUGCCAUACUCCUCCGCUCUCUCCGCCGUUCCUCUGCCGCCGCCGCCGCCAGCAGAACUCAAAUCACAACAUCCGUUCACCCUCAUCCAUUUCAUCAAAACCCUAAUUUCCUUCUACCUCAACGAUCAUUUGCUUUUUCAUCUGCUGAAGAAGCCGCCGCCGAACGGAGGCGUCGGAAGCGGCGACUUCGUAUUGAACCACCAAUCAACGCCCUCCGCCGUGAUCCACUCCCCAGGGGACCGCCUUCUCCCGAUGACCCUCGAUCUCGUCUUCCUGAUACCACCUCAGCUUUGGUGGGUCCUCGGCUUAACCUACAUAAUCGCGUUCAAUCUCUCAUCCGUGCUGGUGAUUUGGACUCCGCAGCUGCCGUUGCUCGUCACGCCGUUUUCUCAAAUACACGGCCGACUGUAUUCACAUGUAAUGCUAUCAUCGGUGCUAUGUAUCGCGCCGGCCGGUAUAGUGAUGCUAAGGCACUGUUUCAGUACUUUUUCAAUCAGUAUAAUAUUAUUCCGAACGUUGUUUCAUACAAUCAUCUAAUUGUGUCACAUUGUGAAGCUGGUGAGGUUGAUGAAGGCUUGAAAGUAUACAGUCAGAUUAUUGAAAAUGCGCCUUUUAGUCCGUCUGCUGUGACAUAUCGCCAUCUUACCAAGGGAUUAAUUGAUUCUGACCGUAUAGCUGAAGCUGUGGAUUUGCUUAGGGAAAUGCUUAAUAAAGGACAUGGCGCGGAUUCUUUAGUUUAUAAUAAUUUGAUAUUGGGGUUCUUAAAUUUGGGUAAUCUAGAGAAAGCCAAUGAACUGUUUGAUGAGUUGAAAGAGAGGUGUACUGUUUAUGAUGGGGUGGUGAAUGCUACUUUUAUGGACUGGUUUUUCAAGCAGGGGAAGGUAAAAGAGGCUAUGGAAUCAUAUCGAUCCCUUCUUGAUAAGAAAUAUAGGAUGGUUCCUGCAACUUGUAAUGUGCUGUUGGAGGUGUUGUUGAGGCAUGGGAGGGAAACUGAGGCGUGGGCAUUGUUUGAUGCAAUGUUGGAUGAUCACACGCCACCAACGUUCCAGGCUGUGAAUUCUGACACUUUUAAUUUAAUAGUGAAUGAGUGUUUUAGGCUGGGGAAGGUUUCAGAGGCAUUGGAGACCUUCAAGAAGGUGGGGAAGGGCCUCAAGACCAGACCUUUUGCAAUGGAUGUUGCAGGUUACAAUAAUAUGAUAACAAAACUUUCUGAGCUUGAAAUGAUGGAGGAAGCAGAAAAAUAUUAUAUGGAGUUGUGUAACAAGUCAUUGAGCCCAGAUGUCACAACUUAUAGGACAAUGAUUGAGGCAUAUGUGAAGAUGGAUAAUGUCGAAGGCACACUGGAGAAGUACACAAAGAUGGUGGAGGCAGGGCUGAGAGUCAUUCCAAUCUAUGCUGAAAAGUGGUUUAAUUUCUUGAUAGAGAAAGGCAAGGUUGCAGAGUGCGUGCCUAUUCUCACAAGGAUGGGUGAGAGAGAACCAAAACCUGAUGUGACAACAUAUGAUAUUGUGAUUAGGGCACUCUGCGGGGAAGGUAAUUAUGAUGCAAGUUCCAAUUUAGUUAUUCAGAUGAUAAACUAUGGUGUUGGUCUCACUAGUUCCCUCAAGGAGUUCCUGUUAGAAACUUUUGGUAACCAAGGUCGUCGUGAGGAGAUUGAAAGAGUUUUUGCUACAAAACCUACAUACUUUCCACCUUCUACACCACCUCGAGGACAAGUUCCAUGGCUUUCACAAUUGCCUAGACAAUCACCAGGAACUUCUCAUGCUCCAGGACAACAGACAUCACCAAUUUCUUUAUCAUCACAAGUGCAAGGUCAGCCUUUAGCUCGUAAUUCAACUUGGCAACAAAAUUCACCUCCCUCUUUUUUCGGAGGACAGCAACAAGCUUCACCACCUUCUUUCAUUGGAGGGCAAGGAUCAUCACAAAUGCAAGGCCAGCAGUCAGCUCCUAACCCAAUGUGGCAACAAGCUUCACCACCCUCUUUUGUUGCUGGACAAGGAUCACAUCAAAUACAAGGCCAGCAGGCAGAUUCUAAUCCAUCACCACCCUCUUUUGUUGCUGGACAAGGAUCACAUCAAAUGCUAGGUCAGCAGGCAGAUUCUAAUCCAAGGUGGCAACAAGCUUCACCACCCUCUUUUGUUGUUGGACAAGGAUCACAUCAAAUGCUAGGUCAGCAGGCAGAUUCUAAUCCAAGGUGGCAACAAGCUUCACCACCCACUUUUGUUGCUGGACAAGGAUCACAUCAAAUGCUAGGUCAGCAGGCAGAUUCUAAUCCAAGGUGGCAACAAGCUUCACCACCCACUUUUGUUGCUGGACAAGGAUCACAUCAAAUGCAAGGCCAGCAGUCGGCACCUAAUUCAAGGUGGCAACAAGCUUCACCGCCCUCUUUUAUUGCUGGACAAGGAUCACAGCAAAUGCAAGGUCAGCAGUCAGAACCUGAUCCAAGGUGGCAACAAGCUUCACCACCCUCUUUUGUUGCUGGACAAGGAUCACAUCAAAUGCAAAGCCAGCAGUCAGCACCUAAUCCAAGGUGGCAACAAGCUUCACCACAGCAAAUGCAAGGUCAGCCAUCAACUUUUGCACGUAAUCCGCAUCAGGCAUCACCUUCUUUUACUCAACAAGGAGCUUCACCACCGUCUUUCAUGGCUGGACAAGGAUCACAGCAGAUGCAAGGUCAGCCAUCAGCUUUUGCAAGAAACGUGCAACAAGCACCACCGCCUUCUUUUGUGUCCCAACGAGAAGCUUCAUCGCACUCUUUUGUGGCUGGACAGGGAUCACAGCAAAUGCAAGGUCAGCCAUCAGGUUUCACACACGUUCCACAAUGGUCUUCACCACCCACUUAUAUGGCAGGACAAGGAGGACAGCAUCAAAUUCAAGGUCAGCCGUCAGGUUUCACACAAACUCCACAUAAUGCAUCACCUUAUUCCAUGGAUGGACAAAGAGCCCCUUCAAUGCAAGGUCUGACAUCAGGACUUGCUCAUACUCCACUAAAUGAAAUCUCACACGCAUUGCAAUCAGUUAGAGGUUCAGCAUCGGCAAUUGCACAAGUUCCUGGGCAAAAUGUAAGACAUCAAGCAACAGAGGAGGCUUCAUCCCAAGGGGGCAAUACUGAGGACUACCAAUACCCCGAAGUGGCACGCCAAGGGAGAAUGUAAAUUGGGAAGCAUAGUUUCUCUGAGGGGCUUGCUUUUGAUACAGUUAAUCUGAAUAGGACUGCAGGAAUAGGAAACAUCUUGAUGUCAGAUAUCACAUGCUCUAAUGGCUGAUUUGGCUAUGGUCAUGAAUUAAUAUGCACUGAUAGAAAUCAUUGACAAAUUUUGUUGAGACAAUUGAUGGUUUUAGGUGAUACUUGCGAUUUGAGUUGCUCAUAAGUGAUCGAAUAUAUGUGCUUGCUGAAACAAAUUAAAUUGUAAUAUUGGUGAGAAAAUAUAUUUAUUACUUGCUAUUUUUUU